AUGAGUAAUUUCAUUAUAAAAUAUUUUAUGAAUAGAAUUUUAAAAGAUAAUCAAUGGAAUAAAUUUGGUGUUGAAGAUCCUUAUUAUGAAUAUUUACCAAUUAUUUCGAAAAAUGGUAAAACUAUUAAAUAUCAAAAAAUUAAAAGAUCAAUUCCUCCAGCAUUAUCUACUAAUGAUGAAAAAAUUUUACAAAAUUUUAAAAUUAAAGCUUAUAGAUAUGAUUAUUGGUUUAAUUUAUUUGGAGUUUCUUUUGGUUGGACGAAUAUUAUCGGUGUAAUUCCAUUUUUAGGUAGUUUUAUUUCUACAUUUUGGUCAUUACAAUUAUUAUUAUUAGCUAGAAAAUUAGAUGAUGGUUUCCCUUUAGAUUUACAAUGUUUAUUUAUUUUAAAUAUUUUAAUUGAUUUUGUUUUGGGUUUAAUUCCGUUUAUUGGUUCAAUUAUUGAAGUUGGUUAUAAAGCAAAUUCAAGAAAUUAUUUAUUGUUAGAAAAACAUUUAAUUAGAAUUAGUGAUAAAAAUAGAGGUUUAAUUUCAAAAGAUGAAGUUAGACCUAAUUUUAUUAACGAUAAAGUCCAACCUUAUGUCGAAGAAAAUUUGAAACCUCAAGCUAUUGAAUUUGGUAAAACUGCUUUAAAAGUUGGUAAUGAAGCUUUGGAAUUAAUUAAUAGAAAAAGAUCCAGUUCAACAUCAUCAACUGCAUCAACUGCAACUGCGAAUUUUACUACAAGUGCAAGACCAACAACAACUGAUGAUUCAACAAUUAAUACAAAUCCAACAUCACCAGCAGUUGAUAAUAUUUCAAAUCUUGCAGCAGCAUCAUCAUCGUCAACAAAUGGUGCUACUACUACAUCAACAGCAACACCACCAGUAUUACUGCAAUCAACAUCAUCAAAAAAGAAGAAUAAAAGAAAAGGAAGUAGAUAA